AUGCUUGAAGAUGAUUUCACCAAUCCAAUUAAUUCAAAUGACCGUCAAGAACCAAUUAAAAAUAAGCAAAUUGAAACUACAGAAAUGCUUGAAGAUGAUUUCACCAAUCCAAUUAAUUCAAAUGACCGUCAAGAACCAAUUGAAACUCACCAGGUUGAACCUACAGAAAUGCUUGAAGAUGAUUUCACCAAUCCAAUUAAUUCAAAUGACCGUCAAGAACCAAUUGAAACUCACCAGGUUGAACCUACAGAAAUGCUUGAAGAUGAUUUCACCAACCCAAUUAAUUCAAAUGACUGUCAAGAACCAAUUGAAACUCAUCAGGUUGAACCUACAGAAAUGCUUGAAGAUGAUUUCACCAAUCCAAUUAAUUCAAAUGACCGUCAAGAUCCAAUUGAAACUCAUCAGGUUGAACCUAGAGAAAUGCUUGAAGAUGUGAAGGAUGCUAAAAAAAAUGAUAAAAUAGAAAAUAUUAAAAGAUGUGAUGAUACCGUUGGAACUGAUAAAACAAAUGAAAUUUUUAACAUUUUAGAGAUUUAUCAAGAAAAUUCGGAUGAGCCAACCUGA